GUGAAGCCAUCACCUUGGUUAGGAUGAAUGGAGUGAAACUUAGCAGUGAACUAAACAGAAAAGUAAGAUCCUAUAUUCAGUCUGGCUGCCUCACCUGGUGCGCUCAGACACCCAUCAGUGCAGUGACCCUCGUGGGGAAUUCCAGGACAAGCGAGGCUCUCCUUCAGAUGGCUACGCCGGUGUCAGUUGUACGACUGCCCAGGGGUCCCAACGGGCAUAGCCGAGGCUUCGAUCCGACAUCACCACGGUAUCACGCCUUGGCCCCGUCCUCCAUCCAAGCAUCAAACAACGGCUGCCUCAAGGAGGAGCAGCGGUCGCGGUCUACCCUUCGGGAGCGCUUCCUGCGCAGCCUGAUUGUGAUGGCGGGGAAGACUGUGGACUUCACUAUGUACGAGAGGGUCUCCGUCACUGCCACGUUCGCGGCUUCAGACAUCGACAUCCUGAACUUCCAGGUCUCUCACUUGCAGACGCCACUGGGCAUUCAGAAGGAAGCACUGUUGAGAUGCCCAGACAUCAUUGCCUAUGCGUUUAACCUUUAACCUGACCUCACUGUUCACGAGCACGGAGAUUUAAACCCCUUUCACUGCUCUGGUUCAUUCCAAGUCAAGUCUGAGCCACACCAACAAAACCGAAUGUAGAAAUAUAAGGAUUUGCGCUUUUUUCUCAGGGUGGGGAUAACUGACAGACUGAAGUGUGGUACACAGAGUUCACUGGUGUUGGUCACUCAAACAAACUGAUCUUUCGUUUAAAAACAAACUGUACUCAAAAUGCAAUAAAGGUUUGGAUUAUAA